GCAUUGAUGGUACAAAUGCACGCAGUAGUGGUAGAAAUUUAUGAAGGGGCUCUCAGUUCACUGAUUUUACUCAAGUUCGCUGUAACAUUCACUUCCCUACACAAUAAUGCCUGCAGGGGUUUAGUGCUUUCUUGCAUCACUCCUUUUCUUCUUACCACUGUUUGCUGAAAAAGCAAACGUAAAGUUGACGCCUCCUUCAUCUAUCAAUUCAUUUCACUUCAAUUCAAAUUCAAUCACUCUGAAAUCUCAUAGCAUUCUCCAUACCACUCUGAUUCUUGAAAAUCCCCAAAAAAAAUCUCUUUUACCACUCUUUCAUGUUAUCAAUUCAAUUACCAUUCUUUCAAAUUCAAGCGCACAUUGCUUUCUGCCUUUCAUUGAUCUUCUUCUAAAUCUCAUCAAAAUCAAAAUCUUUUGUUUUAUUUGACAUACACUUUUUCAUUUGAAACUUUAUCUUCAAGAUUGAAGCGGCAGGGGAGCCAUGAAAGACAGAGGCAAAGCUGUGGAAGCACAUAACAACAUUGACAUGGAGUACUUUUCUUCAUCUGAAAUGCCAUGUAGAAAACACCCCAAUUCAUCAUCAGUUGGGAUAUGCGCUUAUUGUCUUAAAGAACGUUUGGUCAAGCUCGUCUGCUCAGAUUGUGGCGAGCAGCGUCUCUCUUCCUGCUCUUGCUCUGAGAUCUCAUCAAACCGAAACUCAUGCACUGUGGAGGUAGGCAGCGUUGGCAGAGUCUCAUUUCUGAUUGAGAAUGAAAAGCAUGAGGCUUUACAAUCAAAUUCCAAGGCCAACAAGACCCAAGAGAAAGAGGAUGUUGUGGUGCUCAGGAGAAGCAGCAGUAGCUGCGUUGAGAUUAAAAGAAGUGGGUUUUGGAGAUUUGGGAGGUUGUUUAGGAAGAAAAGAUCAGACAAAGAUUGUGGGAACCAAAGUGUUGUUGGGUUUGAUGAGAAAAGUGAGAUGUGGCUCGUUGAUCAUAUGGGCGUGUCAAGGUCCAGGUCUCUCUGCAGUUUCAGGGGCGGUGGCUUUUUUGGAUCAGAGGAUGGUGGAGAACAUUUAAUGGUUUCUGGGGCCAGGAGCUCAAUUUCAGCUGCAAGAAGUUCCAGUGUCACUACUGCUGGUAUGGUUUUAGAUUCUGGAAGAAAAAGUGGGUUCAGUGAAGGAAGAAAGAGCGGAUUCAGUGAAGGAAGAAAGAGCGGAUUCAGUGAAGGAAGAAAGAGUGGGUUCAGUGAAGCAGAGCCAAGAAAAAGUGGUUUUGAUGGUGAAAAGAAAGAUGAGGUUUUGGCUUCUGAAUUGGGUACUGAUUUUAAGGGUGCCAAGAAAAAUGGCCUUAUGGAGGCUGCUGAUAAGGGUUUCAGUGGGGCAACAAGAAGAGUUUUCUCACUCAAGGAGAGUGAUUUUAGUGGCAUGGAUGAAUCAGGGUUUAUUGACUUGAAGCUUGAUUAUUCAGCAGAGUCCAAGCCAGAAUUCUCUGCAAUGAAGAUGGGAAAUAUCACUGAUACAGAUUCUGUAUUUGGAAGCAUGAGAGGCAGUGACUUUGUGGCAAAUGAAUGUGGAGGUCCAUUUGGAGGUCUAAUUGGAGAUGGUAUUUUCAGCCAUGGAGGUUCUUGUAGAAUAACAGUCAAUGACAGAGGGAUCAAGAGGGGGAGGAAAAGUUUGAAGGGUUGGAAAUGGAUUUUUAGGCAUCAUCCAAGCUGGGGAAGUACUAGGAAGAAAGAUGAAGAUUUAAUGUUCAAAACCUGAGAUAAAAAUGUUCAUGGACCACAAAUGACAAAUAACUGUGUUUUUCUGUAGCUUACAAAUUGUUGUCUGUGUUUUUAUCAGUUUUUUUUAAUCCUUGUAUUUAUGUUGAUGUUGUUAGUAAAUGUUAAAGGAGGUAGCUCAUACUAACUGGGAUCUUUGCAUAA